CAAUAACAUUUUCAUCACAAAUCCAAUUCACAAUUCACAAUUCACAAUUCACAAUUUACAGACAAACAACAUCAUGCAGCCUGAGGCUCAAAACAUCAAGGUUCUUUGCCUUGGAGACUCAUUGACGGCAGGUUUUGCCAACUGGUAUACAUCCAGUACAUAUACGCCAUAUUCUGACUAUCUCACAACUCUUUUCAAAGCUCAAGGAAGGAACGAUAUUGAAUUUAUCAAUGCUGGAGUCAAUGGAGACACUGUGAAGUGCAUCCAAGAACGUCUCGCAACUUUAUUAAAAAAGGACAAUUAUCAGCACGUCAUUCUCUUGGGUGGAACUAAUGACCUGGCUGACGUCUCCGCAGAGUCUACUCCUGAAGACGCAGUGGCUCAUAUCGACUUUGAACCAAUGUUCAGACUACUGUUAGCACAGCCCCAUCUCAAGAGUAUUCUACAGCUCACCGUUCCCAUUAGCGCCUACGAUGUACAUCACCUACAUUACAGAAGCUGCAAGGCCGCUUUGAAUAACCGCAUCUUAAACAAUUCUUGCGAAAAAUUAAAAGUUCUCGAUCUCAAUGACUCAACUUUAGGCUUCAAUUAUUUGCAUCUGUCAGAGGAUGAGCAGGCAAGAUUCUGGAGCGAUGGCUUGCACUACACUCCAGAAGGCUACGAACACAUGGCUCAAUGCAUCUUUAAUGAACUUGUUAAAGUUCUACAGAAAUAAAUAAAUAUAUACGAGUCGUUGUUUAUAUUAUCUUAAAGUACAUAGACUCUACAAUACGAU